AAUUGUGUUCUCGAUGCUGAAAGUGGCCUUUACUCAUUAAAAAUGUCCUCAAUGCCAUGCCGCAAGUGGUGUGUUCUUUGUUUACACGAUGGCUCUGAGCACGAGCUAUUCGAUGUGUUUUCGGUGAACGAUCUCCGCGAAAGAGUUGCGGAAGAAUAUGAAAUACAGAUAAAAGGGGGCAAUGGUUCUCCAAAAAUCUGUGUUCAGUGUUUUCAAGAAACUUUGACCUUCCGGAAACAACGCAAGUCGUACGAAGCAGACAAGGAACGCGUUUUAAAAAAUCAGAAGCACUUGGAGUCGCAAUUGGUUCGUGGUGGUAGAGAAAAAACGUCUUCUCGUUUACGUAGUAUUCUCGAUGGAACACUAACAUUGAUACCAAAUGCCAGCACUGAGAAGGUGUCAUCUCCAUCGAAUAAAGAGUCUUCGAGUAAAAAAAGCGAUCCUCGCAGUAUCAACACCCAAAGGAAUGAUGGGCUGGCGUCAGGCAGCAAACAAAACAGUAGCCAGAAAAUUAAGUCUAAAGAAAAAACUAAUUCUACCUCUGGGAGUACGAACGUGGAGAGAAACAAACAUAUUAGCGGACAUGAUACAAGCGAUUCACAGAAGCGAAACAAUGGAUCAAUGACAAAAGACGGGAUCGCUGCCUCUGGGUCUAAUUCCAAGUCUACGUUGGAGAAUAGGAAGCGUGUGCGAUUUAGCAUUAAUGAUGACACGUAUCAGGAUCCGCAGAAGAAAUUGAAAUUUUCGGAAUUUGUAGCGAAAUCCGACGCAUCUUCCAAGAAUCAAGGGCCGCAAAAGUUUCAUGAUAAGAAACUAUCGAGUAACCGUGAACAUUCUGACCUACCGCCAACCAAAGGUCCAGAUUCGAAGAAAGAUGAGCCGAAACAUCCCACUCCACUCUCAAAUAUCUCUGGACAAAGUGCUGAAAAAACGGUAACUAAAUCUACCACGGACAAAAACAGCUUUGGAUCCGGCAUGAAGCAACAGCAGCAAAGUAACAACAGCACACUCACUCGACAACGGUCGGAUUCGCCCGGUAGUGCUUCAAAGAAAGCAACGGGUUCGAAAGAAUCUUCCAAAAAAUCUUCGUCAACUUAUUCUGGACUUAAAAUUAAACUACAGCUAGGAAAACAAAAAACCUCCCCUGCUUCAUCCAGCAAAAGCUCUUCGAAAAGUAGUUCAAAUGGAACGAAGCAAAAGAGACCUGAUACUAACACAACCAAGGUUUCCACCCCGGUGAAUGUGGGUGCUUCUGCGCCGACUUCCAUUCAACCUAAACCCACUUUAGUGCCAAUAAUAAGUGGGCCCACUCGUUCUAUCGACCUUGUUCCCGAAAAUAAUCAACUACACCCGGCACCGGCAAUGAAUACACCAUCGUUUCCUGUUGCGAUCGGACAAAUCCCGCCCAGACCCACCAACGAUCCCUCUAGCGAUAGUCAAUUACAACCGGUGUCAGUUGCAAAUACUCCCAAGGUUGUAGUACCGAUUGGCCAAAUUCAACCUAGCUCCACACAGAGUUUUACUUCUGGUGAAAGUCAACCAAACUCGAUAUCAGUUGCAAAUUCUCCCAGUGUUGUGGUUCCCAUUGGCCAAAUCCAACCCAGAUUCCUUACAAAUCCUGUUCCAGGUGAAACUCAACUACGCCAGAUAACGGUAGCGAAUACAGGCACGGGUUUGGUACCAAUUGGUCAGCUUCAAACCAGCAAUACAGCCACAACAGUGGCGGUUUCGUGGAGUUUCAAUAGUACUCCAGCAAUCAGUAACGUAUAUUCCAGCGCAACAGUUCCACUGCUAACUUCCUUGGUAAAUGCAACCAAUUCAACACCUCUCAUCGAUCUGAAUCAAAACAUUUCGCGUGGCGAUGUUUCUGCGCCGGCCCUGGUAUUGAAACCUGCAUCCAUAAGCACGACCAGUGCAGAAACUAACCCGAUGGGGUGCUUGACACUUACAUCCGUUAGCCCUUGGCAACCUUCAAAUGUGUCGACCAUCACAUCGUGCCCAAUAGUUACUCCCGUUUCCGGGAAGCUUCAACAACGAAGCAACGUAAUAGUAACAACGACAGCGUUGCCACUGACAAAGGUAGCAUCUCCAGUGUUACCACUGACAACAGUAGCAUCUCCAGUGUUGCCACAGACUACGGUAGCAUCUCCAGCGUUGGCACUGACAACGGUAGCACCUCCAGCCGGCCAAGUAUCGACAAAUGCAAUGUUGGUUUCUUCACACCAGGAAACAACAACUACAUCCGUCGCACCAGGAGAAAACACGGACAGCCAAUCGUCGAAUGUGGGAAUUAAGAAACGUCGACACAGUACCUUCAUAAGAGUUAGCACAAACUUGUUUGACGAACCGGAUGCGCAGUUUGCCAGUCUUCGGAAUAAUUUGUUUGUGCGCAAUAACGAACAGGCUACUACAUCGUUGCAAAAUAGACCUAUUAUUUUAAAUAGCUUGUUGCACUCGACAGCGAAUGCUCCAGGCCAGACCAGUUUACCGAUUAGAACGCAGGCAAAUAAUUCCUAUCAACUCGGGGUAUCCUCUGGAGGUCUCCUGUUUUCAAAUGUUUCGUCUCAGCAUCAAAUAACCCGAACCAGAGUCCAUGACGAAACUACAAUACCAGUACAUGUCCUGUACAAACCCUCCAAUAAUCGACCUCAAAGUACAAUCUCCAAUCGCAUGGUUACGCAAAAUCAAAAUCCGCUACCGCGACAGGUUGUUUUGAAUCAACGGAUGAAAGUACCCGUGGUUCAAACUGCAGCUGCCACUAGUGCAAAUCCAACUACUCAGGCGGUACAAAUAACACCAAGAAUGCCUAUUCCGACGCAAACAAGCAACACCAAUGCUACAACCAACAGGUACUUUAUUGUAAAGCAGAGUACGACAGGCAAUGCAGUCAGUACAACAAACAACAUUAACAAUGUGCUACCAACUGGAGUAGUUAGAACAAGUACCGUGACCACCACCGAUGUGAAUCGAUCUGUCCAAAAUGCCCCCUGGAACCCUGUGAAUUCUGUAACCAAUCCUCCGCAGCAUCGACCAAUUUUAAUGUGUCAACUUUGCGCUGAAUUCUUCCUUACUGAGCCAUUGAUGGGGCAACAUUUAAAUCAGGUGCAUUUUGUCGAAUUCUCCCGAUCAUUGUUUUCGACGGUGUACGAUGAAAGCAUUAGAAAGUUAUUAGUUGCCCGUGCACGACGUAAGUCGAUCGCUACUCCUGAUGAUUUGAGAUCUGAACGUUAGGAAUUCUCAUAAAGCAGUAUGGAUACGGUUUGACAAAACUGUAAAAACUAAUUUGCUUUGCAUAAUAUUAUUCAGACUUUUUUUUCUAUCAUUGUAUUUUUUUAAUUUUUUUUAUUUGCAAUUGCUCUCUAGAGUAACUUAAUCAUGAAUUUUAAGACAAUAGCAGCAACCGGUUCAUGUUGAUCGCGAAUUUUGUAACACGAUUACAUUUUAUCUUUCCUGUUACUGUAUCGCAAAUCGAAUACUCCUGGGACGUUAAGUAUUUUCGGGGAAACAUUCCCAGGUGUUUCAACCUGGCGAACAUUUUCUUUACCGGUUGAGAUUAGAUGAUGAAAUGAAAUCGAAAUAUAAUAAUGAAUUUGUUAUGAUCAUUUAAAA